CCUGCUUGACGGCUGCUGGUGACAUGUCCACAACAAACAUGGCGGCCGGCAGCAGCUACUGGGAAGAUUUGCGGAAACAGGCCAGACAGCUGGAGAACGAGCUGGACCUGAAGCUGGUGUCCUUCAGUAAGCUCUGCACCAGUUACAGCGGCAGCAGCAGCAGCAGCCAGGGCCACCGUACCAGAGACAGCAGGUCUGAUUCUCUCGGGUCGUCUCAUGACAAUAUGCUGGUGGCCAUGACUGCUGAGCUGGAGCAGUUGUUGACAAAUCUGACAGGUGUGAAUGAAAAAAUGGUGGAAUACAUAAACAUCCCUGGAGGAGUGUCACACAACGCUGCGCUGAUGCACACUUUACAGAGACACAGGGAUAUUUUACAGGACUACAGUCACGAGUUUCACAAAACCAAAAGUAACUUCCUCAGCCUGCGAGAGCGAGAGGACCUGCUGGGCUCAGUCCACAGAGACAUCGAGUCCUACAAGAGCAGCACGGGGGUGAACAACAGAAAGACGGAGCUCUUCCUGAAGGAGCACGAACAUCUAAGAAACUCAGAUCGACUUAUUGACAAUGCAAUAAGUAUCGCCAUGGCUACCAAAGAGAACAUCACGUUUCAGCGUGGGAUGCUGAAGUCCAUCCAGACCAGGGUCACCACGCUGGCCAAUCGCUUCCCUGCCAUCAACAGCCUCAUCCAGAAAAUCAAUUUGCGCAAGAGGCGGGACUCUCUGCUCCUGGGCGGCGUGAUCGGCGUCUGCACCAUCCUCCUGUUGCUCUACACUUUCCACUGACCGGACUGGAGGGCGCUCCGCUCAAGUAUUUCCAAGAAACCUUCGUGCUUUUAUAUGUUGCUCCUGAAUUUACCCUUCUCUCUUUUGAACUGUCAAAACAAAAUGGUUAAAAACUGGUAUUUAUUUGAUGAAAGCUGGUGUUGUUUCCAUGUGCGCUGCCUGCACUCUGUCCUCCUCUUUCUACGUGUUCAUGUUUUGUUAAAUAAAGGCGACGGGUUCACGCUCAG